AGACUAAAAUUCUUCGUCAAAGGUUGGAAACCUCUAACUGACAACUUUAACGAUAAAAGAGAUGAUGAAGUACUGCAAGUCUUACGUGCCGUGACGGGAAUUCCAGUGGAUGAUCUGGAGAAUUUCGAGCCGAGCACAGAUAGGAUACGAGAGAAGCUAAACUGGGCAUCGAAAAGAAAAACGACUCGUGUUGAGGAUAUGGCAUACUGUUUGAUCGGUAUCCUCGACGUCAGCCUGUCGAUCUCUUAUGGGGAGGGACAAAGGGCUUUCUAUAGGUUGCAGGUGGAGAUUGUCCGCAACACUAAUGACUGGGGCUUAUUCCUGUGGAAGGGGGAACCUUCGAAAUACAACAGCGCCAUCGCUGCAGGUCCAGAAUGUUUUUCUCGAUAUCCAGCUGACGCCAAAGCCAUCACCAACAUUCAGUUAAUGGUAGCUGCAGACAUGGCUUCUGAAGACGUCUGGAGCGAAUGGCAGCAAUUCUGUGCCUCUAAUUACAUACGUGGCAAACAAAUGACUGUAUUCCAGUAUGGAAAUCGUCGUUCUAUCGUCUUACAACGCCCUGGUCGACUUCAUCUUACCAAUGUGUCUGAGUUCCAGGAAAAAGCCACGAAUACUCCAGGAGCGCUUGUUCACUUCGUGAAGGAACUUCAGGUGAACAUGGUCAGUCUUUCUCUCUUGCAGAGCUCUGAAAAAGCCGAGGCGCGAGGUCAAAAUGCCUUAUUCAAACCAUCA